UCAACCCACCCGAAUCUGUCUGUUCGGUUGGAUUGCGAUGAACUGCCGGUCGUCGUUCGCUCGCCUUCUCUCUGGCAACGCCGCAUCGGGAGCUCACUACAGAGUUCUGGUCGUGGGAGGCGGAACAGGAGGGCUGGCCAUUAGCUCAUCGCUUUCUCGCAAGCUCGGACGAGACAAAGUUGCCGUCAUUGAGCCAUCUGACGUUCAUUAUUAUCAACCAAUGUUUACAUUGGUUGGGUCGGGCAUCAAGAAGUUUGAGCAAACUAGAAGACCUAUGAGAAAUGUUAUGCCUCGGCAUGUGACUUGGAUUCAAGACGGCGCCAGUGAGUUUGACCCGGAUAAUAAGACAGUUGUUACGGUCAAUGGAAAUAAGCUUUAUUAUGACUACUUGGUCGUUGCUGCUGGACUCCAGAUUGAUGUAGACAAGAUUAAGGGACUGAGAGAAUCUAUCGGUAGUGGUGGCAUUAGCACAAAUUAUUUGCCCGACACGGUCCAGAAAACAUGGAAGUUUCUGGAGGAGUUUCAAGGCGGUGAAGCGGUGUUCACUUUUCCAAACAGUGCGGUGAAAUGUGCAGGGGCACCUCAGAAGAUUAUGUAUCUCGCAGAGCACAGAUUUCGGCAGAGAGGUCUACGGGACAAGAGCAAUGUUACCUACUAUACAGCACUGCCUGUCAUAUUUGGAGCAAAGAAGUAUGCCGAUCGUCUUUCGGAAAUUGUUGAUGAAAAGAGUAUUGGAGUCAACUAUAGACAUGACUUGAUUGAGAUUGAUUCGACAAGGAAGGAAGCCGUGUUUGAAAACCUGGAGACGAAAGAGAAAGUCGUACAGAAGUAUGAUUUCAUGCAUGUGACACCACCAAUGGGUCCGAUGGACUUCCUGAAGGCCAGUCCUCUUGUCGAUGGCGCUGGUUGGGUCGACGUCGACAAAAACACCCUUCAGCACAAACGAUAUCCCAAUGUCUUUGGCAUCGGCGACUGCACCAAUGUACCAACAAGCAAAACAGCAGCAGCAGUCGCUGGACAAUCCGGUGUUCUCAAACGAAAUCUACUCUCACAUAUGAAUGGACAACCACUCACAAAGAGAUAUGAUGGCUACACAUCAUGCCCACUCCCUGUGUCGUAUGGCAAGCUUCUGUUGGCUGAGUUCGACUUUGAUGGACAGCCUCUAGAGACGUUUCCGAUCAACCAGAGAAAGGAACGCUUGGCAUUUUAUAUUAUGAAACGUGAAAUCUUGCCCCACAUGUACUGGAACUAUUUGCUCAAAGGGCACUGGGAAGGCACCUCGACCGUCAGAAAAUUACUUCAUCUGGGAACGAGUGUAUAGUGAGUGACAUAAACAGGAGACGUGGUUGACAUGAACUGUUUGUGAUGAUCUUAUCAAGUCUGUACGUGUACUAAAUUUGUACCACUUUUUCCAA